AUGAGUGGGACAUCCGCUGUGAUCGUCAACAGCCAAGAGAUAAGUCAAGCAGUUUCCAGACUGUUGGCAGCUAUGAAAUAUAUAUUUGAUGUGGCUUUGUGCGUGGCCCAAGCUUUCUUAAAUUACUUUACUCUUUUCUAUGUUCUCCACUGGAGGUCAAUUCCAGGAACGGCGGGUGGAAGUUCUCCAGGUCACAGUAAAGGAUUAAGCCGCCCAGAAAGGAUGAGAAGGCAGCCUAUCGGCCCCCCGAGAUACCGGGAAACUGUGAGAGAGCCAAGCCCCGAGCUUCACGAAGAAUCCAGCUCUGAAGACACGGACGGCGAAGACGUAGAGAGCGGAGAGGAGGGCGAGGAAACUCAGCAUGGUGAAGAACUUUCCACAAUGUCUUUCGAAGACUUGCUCCAACUGCAGAACAAGGUUGGUACUAAAGAACUUUACCGACAAAUGAAAGGAGCGAGCGGAGGGCGGCGUGAGGACCCUGAAAAGGCGAGGCCUGGCAAAGAUCAACCUCUGGAGAUGUCUUCUAAGAGACCUGUUGCCUUUCUGCGAAAAGUGACUGGUGCCAAAAAAGAGAUGCGAAGGGAUCCUCGGUUUGAUGACCUUUCAGGCGAGUUCAAGCCAGAAGUGUUUGAGAAGACGUACACGUUCCUUGAAGAUGUAAAGAAGCGAGAGAAGGAGAUUGUGAACAAGAAACUGAGGAAGGUCAGUAACCCGGAACUGAAGGACAAGCUGGAGCAACUCUUGCGCAGAAUGGAUCAACAGGAAAAAGCCUCUCAGGAAAAGCAGAAAAUGAGAGAGAGACAGCUAGAGUUCAAGAAACAGCAGAGGGAGCAGGCCGCACAUGGGAAGAAGCCAUUCUACUUGAAGAGAGGUGACCUUCAGAAAAUGGAGCUUGCGGAAAAAUUCAAUGAACUAAAGAAACAAGGGAAGCUGGAAAAUUUUCUGAGCAAAAAGCGAAAACGGAAUUCAAAUAAAGAUC